AGUUUAUCAAGCACCGACUAACUGCUGCUGCUGGAGAAAUAUUCACCGCGUUUCAACAAACUAUCGUCCAGUUCGAGGAGGAGAUUUAUCGACAGAGAAAACUUCUGGAAAUCAACUGGAAAUCUCAAAUCAGCUUCCACAGAACAGAGAGUCCACAGCAACACAACGAAACGAGCUCCAACCACUCUGAGAGAGACUUGACCACCCAGAGACUAACUGCUGCUGCUGAGGAAAUAUUCACCCUGUUUCAACAAACUGUGGUUCAGUACGAGGAGGAGAUUGGUCGUCAACGCAGAAUGCUGCAAAUCAACUGGAAUCCUCGAAUCAAGUUGCACAGAACAGAGCUCCAACAGGACCAUGACUGCAGAGAAGAGCAGCUCUUUAAACAGGAAACAAACUACUUUCUAGAACAGGACGAACCAGAAUAUCCACAGAUAAAAGAAGAAGAACCAGAACCUCCACACAUCAAACAAGAAGAAGAAGAACCAGGACUUCAUCAGUUUAAGGAGGAGCAGGAGGAACCAGAAUCUUCACAGACUGAGGAACAUGAGGAACUCAGUAGCAGCCAGAAGGGAGAACGAUUUAUUCUGAAGUUUGAAAGUGACCUGAGUGAAGCAGAAGUACCAGCGACUGAGCAGUUCCUCUCUCAGGACUCUGAAGUCCACCAUGUGAAAAGACACAUUGACUCAGAAUCAACUGGAACUGCAAGGCUGAAAAAACUCAACAUGUUUCAUAGAAACAGUGUGAACAACUUUCAUGUUUCAGAGAAGCAGGCUGACUGUGAAAAGCUUCUUUGUGAAGAAAUGUGUGAGAAAACUGACCAUAUAAAAAAACAUCAAUCAUGUAAGAAGGUCAGAAUGGUCGCUGAUGAGAACAUACUUUGUGGAACAUGUGGCAAAAGUUUCAGUCGACAGAGUAAUUUGAAGGCUCACAUGAGAAGUCAUACAGGUGAGAAGCCUCAUUCUUGUGAAGCAUGUGGCAAAAGUUUCAGUCGACAGAGUCAUUUGAAAGUUCACAUGAGAACUCACACAGGUGAGAAGCCUCAUUCUUGUGACGCAUGUGGCAAAAGUUUCAGUCAACUGAGUUACUUGAAGUUUCACAUGAGAACUCACACAGAUGAGAAGCCUCAUUCUUGUGAAACAUGUGGCAAAAGUUUCCGUCGACAGAGUCAUUUGAAGGUCCACAUGAGAACUCAUACAGGUGAGAAGCCUCAUUCUUGUGAAGCAUGUGGCAGAAGUUUCAGUCUCCAGAGUCAUUUGAAGGGUCACAUGAGAAUUCAUACAGGUGAGAAGCCUCAUUCUUGUGAAACAUGUGGUAAACGUUUCAGUCAACUGAGUUACUUGAAGUUUCACAUGAGAACUCACACAGGUGAGAAGCCUCAUCAUUGUGAAAUAUGUGGCAAAAGUUUCAGUCAACCGAGUUACUUGAAGUUCCACAUGAGAGUUCACAGUGGUGACAAGCCUCAUGCUUGUGAAGGAUGUGCAAAAAGUUUCAGUCGACAGAGUGAUUUGAAAGUUCACAUGAGAAUUCACACAGGUAAGAAACCUUAUUCUUGUGAAACAUGUGCAAAAAGUUUCUUUCAACAGAGUGAUUUGAAGGUUCACAUGAGAAUUCACACAGGUGAGAAGCCUCAUUCUUGUGAAACAUGUGCAAAAAGUUUCAGUCGACAGAGCGAUUUGAAAGUUCACAUGAGAAUUCACACAGGUGAGAAGCCUCAUUCUUGUGAAACAUGUGCAAAAAGUUUCAGUCGACAGAGUAAUUUGAAAGUUCACAUGAGAAUUCACAGGUGAGAAGCCUCAUUCUUGUAAAACGUGGGAAAAGAUUCAUUUAUCGUAAUUCAUUGCUGCAGAACCGAAAUACUCACAAAUGGAUGAAAUCAUUAAAGGCUGUGAGAGUUGUGAUCCAGGAAGUCCAGCUGGAACCCAAAAUCACAAAAAAAAUCACCCAGUUUGAAGGAAACAUUACUGAUUCAAGCACUGUUUAAACUGUGCUUCAGGAAAAUUUCAGUUUGUACUUUGUCACAUUAAAUGUGAACC